UCUAAUCUGUCAGUUUAUAUUUUUCUGUUUCCUCAGAUAAGUGUAUAUAAACUAGAAUGAAUCACCAAUUUACGUCAAAAAAAUAUUGAUUGGUGGAGGGAUUAAACUUGAAAUUAUUUUAUCAUUUUCUAAUUUUAAUAUCUGAAUGAUUUACUGAGAACUGUGUUAUAAACGCUUAAAUAUGGAUAGCAAUUACUCCUCCUAUCAAAAUGGUGUGCAGGUUAGAGAGCAAGACUUCCAGAAGCUCUCCCAAACUAUUGGAACAAGUAUUCAGAAAAUAUCACAAAAUGUUUCUUCUAUGCAGCGAAUGGUAAAUCAAAUUGGAACUCAUCAGGAUUCUCCAGAAUUAAGGAAACAAUUACAUUCCAUCCAGCAUUACACUCAACAACUCGUUAAAGAUACUAAUGGAUACAUCAAGGAUCUUAGUGCGAUACAACCUGCACUAUCACAAUCAGAGCAGCGGCAAAGGAAAAUGCAGAGGGAAAGGUUACAAGAUGAAUUUACAAGUACACUGAACAUGUUUCAGCAAGUACAGCGAAGUACAGCUUCAAAGGAAAAAGAGCAGGUUAACAAAGCUAAAGCUCAGGCCUACAGUGAACCACAUCUUCCUGGUUAUAAAAGUAAGGAUCAACAACUUAUCGAGUUACAAGAUAGUGGUGCAAGACAACAGUUGCAGUUACAGGAAGAGGCUGAUUUAAGAUCUUUACAGGAGCAGGAGCAGUCUAUUAGACAGUUGGAGAGUGAUAUAAACGACGUGAAUCAGAUAUUCAAAGAAUUAGGAACGCUGGUCCACGAGCAAGGUGAAACCAUAGACAGCAUCGAGGCUAGCGUAGAGAGGACUGACGAUUUUGUGAGACAGGGAGCUCAACAGCUACGCGAAGCCAGCACUUACAAAAACAAAGUAAGAAGGAAGAAGUUAAUUUUGGCCAUAAUCGGUGCUGUAAUAUUAACUGUGAUCAUUAUUAUAAUCGUUUGGCAGACUUCUAACUAAGGUAAAAAUUUUAAUUGUCUGUAAGCUAUAUCUACAUUCACUAUAACUUUAAGAUUAUUUAAAAUUUGUUGGCAAUAUCAAAUAUAUUUAAUACGAGCUGUAUAUUUUAAACCUUCUGUAAAUCUGUACAUACCCGAAACGUUAUUUUGUAUUUCUGAUGUAUUGGGAACGUCUGCUUGAUUUAGUGCCAAAACGUUUUGUUAUGCUGUUACACAAAUACCUUUUUGUUGCUAGCAUGUUUCUUCUGUACUAAGUGCGCGUACACUGGGGUUAAGAUUUAAUUAAAAAGGUAACUUGACGAAAACAAACCUCAAAAACUGGAAUUCUUAGAUUAAAAUCCUUGAAUUAUGUCAAUAAGUAUUUUCUGAAUGGAAUUACUAAAUUUCACAAAUGUUAAGAUUAUUUAAGUUUUUUUAACUUUGAAAUAUAGUGAUGGGUCUUAUACAGGAUGUUUUAUAGUUUUCAUUUUAAUCUUUUAAUUUAAAUAAGUUUAGGUAUGCCUAAAGAUGUUCCAAAUUGGAUUAGUUCGUAUAAAUAAUUGCUCCACUUAUCCAGAACCGCUUUUAGAAAAGGUUUUCUUCGAUUUACAGCAUUGCCGAAACGUUCAUGUAAUUCUUUUAUUAUGUUCACUUCAGUUUUAUGCCUGAAACUUUUUUUAUAACCACAAGGAGAAAAAAUAACGCAGAGAUUAUGAUAUUGAACCAAGGAAAAUCCAACUUAAAAAAAUUUUUUUCCUUGGGUAUUAAAGAUAUAGAAAAAAUAGUUUAAAUUCGAGCAGCAUACACAAAU